AUGACAUUAGUAAAGCUUAGAAAGCUCAAGGAUCAGUUAGAGGAUUUAUUGGAUAAAGACUUUAUUCGUCCUAGUGUGUCAACAUGGGGUGCACUAGUGUUAUUUCUAAAGAAGAAGAAUAGGUUAAUGAGACUAUGUAUAGAUUAUAGACAGUUGAACAUGUCAAUGAUCAAGAAUAGGAAUCCUUUACCACACAUAGAUGACUUGUGUGAUUUGCUCCAAAGAGCUCAAUGCUUUUCUAAGAUUGAUUUGAGGUUAGGGUACCAUCAAUUAAGGAUUAGGCAAGAGGAUGUGCCUAAGAUCGCCUUUCGUAUUAAGUUCGAGCAUUAUGAGUUCUUAGUGAUGUCAUCCGAGUUUAUGAAUGCCCUGGCUACCUUUAUGGACAUGAUGAAAUACUUUGACAAGUUUGUGGUAGUCUUUAUUGAUUACAUUGAUAUACAUGAGUAG